UUAAAUAUAUUUUUGUUUAUUCUAUUUUUUUUUAUUUAUUUUGUUUUAUUAUUAAAAUGAAAAAUGAAAUUCAAAUAAAAUUAUUAAGAUUAAAUUAAACUACUGUGCAUUAUAACCUAUAAAUAUCGUAUGUAACUUAGUUUCUAUGAAAAAUGUCAACUCCGUGUAAAGAUAUUAUUGAAGAUAUAGAAGAUUUAAUAUUAUCACAAGAUAUUACACCUAAAGAACGAUAUAGUUCAAGAAAAAGUAUUAUUAUUCGUUCUAAACGAAAACAAAUAAUUGAAGAAAUACAACCUCCAAUUUUCAAUAGUAUUAUACCAGGAACACAAAUAAUUUAUGUGAAAACUUGGGGAUGUACUCAUAAUAAUUCUGAUAGUGAAUACAUGGCAGGCCAACUUGCUGCCUAUGGUUAUAAAUUAACAGAAAAUAAAUAUAAAGCAGAUUUAUGGCUUUUAAACUCUUGCACAGUAAAAAGUCCAGCAGAGGAUCAUUUUAGAAAUGAAAUUGAAGCUGGAAAAAAAAUGGGGAAACAUGUUGUUGUUGCUGGAUGUGUACCACAAGGCGCUCCAAAAUCAUCUUUUCUACAAGGAUUAAGUAUGAUUGGCGUGCAACAAAUCGAUCGUGUGGUUGAAGUAGUCGAAGAAACUUUAAAAGGAAAUACCGUACGGUUUCUGCAACAGAAAAAAGAAGCUGGUAAAAAGAUCGGCGGUGCUUCUUUAAGUUUACCCAAAGUUCGAAGGAAUCCAUUAAUCGAGAUCAUAGCUAUAAACACAGGCUGUUUGAAUCAGUGUACUUAUUGUAAGACAAAACAUGCAAGAGGUGAAUUGGGAAGUUAUCCUCCUGAGGAAAUUGUUGAUCGUGCAAAACAGGCGUUCGAGGAAGGCGUUUGCGAAUUAUGGUUAACAUCCGAGGAUACAGGAACUUAUGGCAGAGAUAUUGGUUCGAGUUUACCUGAAUUAUUAUGGAAACUCAUCGAAGUGAUACCUAAUGGUUGUAGAAUUCGCAUUGGAAUGACUAAUCCACCGUAUAUUCUGGAGCAUCUAGAAGAAAUGAGCAAAAUUUUAAAGCACCCGAAAGUUUACAGCUUCCUUCAUGUUCCAGUUCAAUCUGGAAGCGAUCAAGUAUUAGCUGAUAUGAAACGAGAGUACACUUGUGCCGAUUUCGAACGAGUUAUCAAUUUUCUGCGAGAACGUGUUCCUGGAUUAACUAUAGCAACAGAUAUAAUUUGUGGUUUCCCAACUGAAACAGAGAAAGAUUUUGAACAAACGAUGAAACUUUGCGAAAAAUAUAAGUUCCCUAGUUUGUUCAUUAAUCAAUUUUUUCCUAGACCGGGUACACCGGCUGCUCGAAUGCCAAAAAUACCAACGCAAGAUGUGAAGAAAAGAACGAAAAGAUUGUCAGAAUUCUUUCAAUCUUAUUCUCCAUAUGAUAACAGAAUAGAACUCAUCCAAGAUGUAUUAGUUACUGAAAUAUCCUAUGAUAAAAAACAUUAUGUUGGACACAAUAAAUUUUAUGAACAAGUUUUAAUACCGUUAAAAGAGGAAUAUUUAGGAAAGAUGAUUAGAGUGAAGAUAGUAGAAACGACAAAAUAUUCUAUGAAGGGAGAACCAAUAACAGAAGGUACAUCUCCUGCAUUAAAACCAUUUUUACCAAAGGGAACUAUAUCUGGGAUACCAAUGAAAAUGAAACCAUCAAAAUAUAGGAUAGUGGCAAUUCUAGCAAUUUUUCUUGCUAUCAUUUUUAGGUUAUUAUGGAAAUUUUUAAUGAUUUAAAAUAUAAUUUGUUAAUAUUGUAAAUAAAUAUAUAUAAAAAUUUUGUAUUCAAACUAAAGCA